UAUAGUCACGAAGGGCAAAACGAUGUCAAAUUCUCGGAGGGGUCGAGUUGGUAGAGGACCCGAAUUUGGCCGGCGUGAUCAGAGUUGGGGCUCGCCAAGAUCGGGCUCUCCAGGUUCACCAGGGAUAAAUGGCAGUCCUCGAGCAGGAAGAAGRGACAGACGAGACGCAGGGCAGCAACCACCAGCUGCAUUUUCGUCGUCAGAGCACGAUUUGUACGUCGGUUAUCUAGAAAAAAAGUGGGAACAAGUAAAAAGCAAAGCAAAUACAGAACCUGGCUCAGUAACUUUUUGGGGAAUCAAAGACCAUAGUGUUGAACCAGGAGCCAUAUUUGACGUUGACAGAUUUUUCAUUGAACGACAGAUAAACAGAAAGCAGGCGACUUCAUCGCCUCCACAACCACAACCCCCACACCACCCACAUCAUCAACAGAAUAUGUAUGCUACAUCAACAGAUCAUUGGUAGCUUUUGACUUAUAAUAUACAAGAACGUCAAGAGUAACGAAGCUAUAACAAACUAUACAAAAUGAUUAUUGAUUAUUGAGACUGUUUGUAAUUGAAUCAUCACAUAAUUACUGAUUAUUAUUAUUAUUAUUAUUAAUGUUAUUAAUAUUUUAUUAUUGCUAAGGAUACAUACACAGAGUGACAAAAUCAUAUAUCUGAAAUAUUGAUAGUAUUGAACCAAACAGUGAAAGUUUGGUUUCUUUUCCUUCCUUUUAUUUCAAUUCAUUUUUCCCUCUUAUUGCUCCAUCCUUCUUCAUUCAUCACAAUUCUGUCUAGUUAUGUCUUCCUUUGUGGACUUUCUUUUCUUACAACCUUUUAUCUUUGUUAUUUCAUUCUAUGGUACUCCUAUUUUUUUCCUAUGGGAAUCAGUUCCCACAUUUGAUUUACUUAAAACUCUCAUUCAAUAUUUAUUUCUAUGGUAUAUUUUGAAGGCUUAAUGCUUGCACUCUAAUGUUAUAUUCACUCACUUUGAUGUUAUUCUUGCUUCCAUUGAAACAUCAUUUCCAUGUUGUAUUUUUAAUUUUGUUGAAAAACAAUGUCUCAAUGGAAGAAAGAUUGUCAAUGGAAGAAAGAUUGUCAAUCGAACUCUUUCUUAUAGAUGUAUUUCUUAUUUCAAAUGUCUAUAAAAACACUGUACAAACACCGUAUUGUUACUGUUAGCUGGAUGUUAUAUAAUACUUCAUUUGAAUAAGUUAACCAUGCAGUUAAAAAUGAAAUCUUCAUUUUUUCCUGAAAGAGUACUGUAUAAAUAUUAAUACUUCAUUUGUUUUGAUAGAAUUCCUGGCAUAUAAUAUAAUAUACUUCUCACUUGAUUGUCAAUUAGUUUAAUCUUAACCUUAUGUAUUGAAUGUAAAAUUAUUACUUUUGCCAGCRCUUAAUGGCACAAGAACUAAGUUGUUCAACAUAAGAUAUAAAAUAUUCAUUCUUUUAGAUAAAAGCACCACUUUAUCAAGGGCUGUAGAGUGCUAAAAGCUUGAGGUCUUAGGGUUUUCAUUUAGACGAAUCAAAUACGCACAGUGCACAAACAUUUUUUUAUACAACAAAGAUUAAUGGAAGUAAUAUGUCUUCACACUUUUACAGCCCCAGAAAAUCCCCCUCUAAAAGCCAUUUUUGUUUUCUUCAUAGAAACUGCAUUGCUACUUCUAUUUUUGAAAAGAAAAAAACAAAAAUGUCUUAGGKGGAAUGUUAGUGAACAUAAAAAAGGUCAAAAAGUGUGAGAACUACAACUGCCAUCUUGCSUAUUCAGCAAAACCAAYUGACCUGUUAUGCCCUAGCCUUUACCCUGAUUUGCAUAUGAAUUAAUAUUUACAUACAAAUUAUAAAUGUAUGCUUUUGAUAUAUUAUAUUUUAUUUGGUAUUGUUCAAAGUAUUUCACUGUAAAGGAUAUGAUAAUAAUUCCAUGUAUGUUGAAGUUGUAAACUAGAAUUUUAGGUGGAACAUUCAUGUAUUUAAUUUAUUUUAUAUAUGGCAUUAAAAAAACAACUGCUACU